AUGGAUGCCUGGAACGACAUCAGCAAAAUUAUGAAAGGCGAUACAGGGGAGGUCAAAAAGAAAAUGGAAUCUUUAUUAACAUCAUUCCGACGUGAGAGACAAAAACAAGAUAGCUCGUUUAAAACUGGCUUAGGAACCGACACAAUUUUUAAAUCUAGCUGGUUCGCUUUCAAAGAAAUGCUUUUCUUGAUGGACAAGUUUAUACCAAAAGACACUAAAAACACUGAGGAGAUGAUUCGACCAAGGAAUCAAUAUCAAGAAGAGGAGGAGGAGAAGGAAGUGGAAGAAGACAUGGCCAACAAUGACAUAGCUAUUGACGAAAUUAAUAAUGACACGCAAGUAACAGAAGUACAAGAACGAAUAACCCUCAAAAGAAAAUCAAAUUUUAUAUCUCCCAAGAGGGUCAAACGGGUACCAUCUGUGGCUUCUGUGAAUCAAGGAGCAACCAGUGCUAUCUCUAGAGGGCAAGAAGCAUACCAAAUAUUACAAGAAACACUUGCAAGUAAAAAAACAAGAGACGGUAGCACAAUUUUUGGAGAACAUGUUGCUGCAAAGCAUAGAAAAUACAGCGCGCAUACACAAAGUGAAGUGGAACAUCUAAUUGGAGAUAUUCUGUAUAAGGCUGAUAAGGGACUUUAUGAACCACACGUGUCCUCAAUCAGUUCCAUUAGCCACAAACAAUAUUAUUUAUCUCAACCCAAUCAACAAAUUCAUACGAGUAUCACGCCUAGUACAACACCCAAUUCGUAUAAUCAAUAUGCUUCAGACACUCAAAGCAUCAGUACUCCUUUACCAUCACCUUCAGAAUCAGAUGGUCCACUGAAUGAAAAUGAGUCUUUUUUGUCGGCGACCCCAACAAACCUGACGUUACAGGAAACUGAUAAUCCGAAGACACCCAUCAUACGUUUUAUAAAUGCAUUUACAGAUAGUCUUUAA